AUGUCGAUGUCUAAGAGUUCAAAGAUGCUCCACUUUGUCAACUACCGCAUACGGAUCACUAUCCAAGACGAGCGUCAACUUGUUGGAAACUUUAUGGGCUAUGACCGUCACAUGAACCUUGUCCUUGGCGAUUGUGAGGAGUUUCGAAAAAAGCUUUCUUCUUCUAAGGGAACCAAAUCCAAGAAAACUAACCCCAAUGAAGAGACAGAGGAUCAUCGCACACUUGGGCUUCUAAUCCUUAGAGGUGAAGAGGUCAUUUCCAUGACUGUUGUAGGUCCUCCCCCGCCUCAAGAGUCACGUUCCAAGUCCAUGAGUGCUGCUGCAAUGGCUGGUCCAGGUCUUGGCCGAGCCACAGGACGAGGCAUUCCAACUGCACCUCUAGUUCAGGCUCAACCUGGUUUGGCUUGUCCAAUUCGUGGUGGUGUUGGUGGUCCAGCACCGGGUAUGAUGCAGCCUCAGAUAUAUCGUCCACCAGUUCCAACCCCACAGCUCUCAGCUUCUGCACCUGUGAUCCGACCACCAAGUCAGCAGAUGCCAGGAUUCCCACCUCAGAUGCGCCCGCCUCCUCAGAUGCCUCCACCAGGCCAUUAUCUGAUGCCUCCACAGUAUUCCCAGCGUCCUCGGGUGCCUAUGCCACCUCCUCCAAUGAUGCGUGGGCCACCUGCUCCUGGUGGCCAAGUGCCAAACUAUGGACAUCCUCGUCCAGGGAUGCCUACUCCUCCCAGUCAUCCUCCAAAUCAACCAUAGUCUCAUUCUGUUUUUAUAUUUAGAUGCAUUAAGAUUUAAUAAUUGACAUUCUUAAACUUUUUCAAGUUUUUGUGACUGCUAUAUAUAUGGGCCUCCUGCAGGCAUGCAAAGACAUGUUGCAAGCACAAAUCUUUUAUUGUUAGUCCAUUUUAUAAUUGCCCUUUAAUUUAACCACAUGGAUGCCUAUCAGGACAAGUUCCUCCCCUGUUUUUUUCCUUCUUAAAGUUCUCGGUUCGAAAUUGUUUUGCUCCUUAUUUUCUGAAGAUCUCUGUUAUAGAAAUGGUAGGUAUUACCACUGUAAUGAACUCUUAAUUCUCAUCUUGAGGAACUCCGUUCGUUCUUUGCCUAAAAA